AAAAAGGUCACUGUUUACGAACGAUAAGUAUCAAUGUCAAUGUCAUCUUAUGUCAUGAGUCAUCCCUUGUUUCCCUCCACCACCACUACCCGCCCCGCCCCUGCCCUGUCUCUCUUUCUGAAAAGACCGAACCAUGGCGGCCGGGGUACUUUUCACUUAUCCGGAAAAUUUCCGUGCAUAUAAGGCGUUAAUCGCCGCAAAGUAUUCAGGAGCCGACUUGAAAGUGUCCCCUAAUUUCGUGUUCGGCGAAACUAAUAAGACCGAGGAGUUCCUGCAGAAGUUCCCGGCCGGAAAAGUGCCGGCGUACGAAAGCGCUGAUGGUAAAGUGCUUCUGACGGAGAGCAACGCAAUAGCUUACUAUGUGGCAAAUGCUGCUCUCCGAGGCUCCGAUGUGGCGACCCAAGCUGCCAUCUACCAGUGGGCGUCGUGGGCAGACAGCGAGCUGCUGCCCGCCUCCUGUGCUUGGGUGUUCCCCUACCUGGGCAUCAUGCAGUUCAACAAAGGGAAUGUGGAGCGUGCAAAGAGCGACUUGCUAGCAGCGCUGCAGGUGCUGGACCAGCACUUGCUCACACGCACCUUCCUGGUGACGGAGCGCGUCACGCUGGCAGACAUCAUUGUCUUCACCACUCUGCUGCACUCCUUCCAGAAUGUGUUGGACCCCAGCCUGAGGUCGUCGCUCGUGAACGUGCAGCGCUGGUUCCUGACGCUGGCGCACCAGCCGCCCGUGGGCGCGGUGGUGGGCGCGGUGUCGCUGUGCGCGGCGCCGCCCGUCUACGACCCCAAGAAGUACCAGGAGCUCACACAGAACAAGAAGGAGGGGGGAGCUAAGAAAGAAAAGAAGGCUGAAAAGAAGGAGCAGCCCAAGAAACAGGAGAAACAACAGCCAGAGGUAGAUGAAGAGCUAGAAGAGAAACCUAAAGAAUCUAAAGACCCCUUCGACAGUAUGCCUAAAGGCACUUUUAACAUGGACGACUUCAAGAGGAGCUACUCCAACGAAGACGAGUCAGUGUCCAUCCCUUACUUCUGGCAGAAGUUUGACCCCGAGAACUACUCCAUCUGGUAUGCCGAGUACAAGUACCCUGAGGAGCUGUCCAAAGUGUUCAUGAGCUGCAACCUCAUCACUGGCAUGUUCCAGCGGCUGGACAAGAUGCGCAAGCAGGCGUUCGCGUCCGUGUGCUUGUUCGGCGCCGACGACGACUCCAGCAUCUCGGGCGUGUGGGUGUGGCGCGGCCAGGAGCUCGCCUUCCCGCUGUCGCCCGACUGGCAGAUCGACUACGAGUCGUACGACUGGAAGAAGCUGGACCCCAGCAGCGAGGAGACGAAGAAGCUGGUGCAGGAGUACUUCUCGUGGAGCGGCGCCGACGCCAAGGGCCGCAAGUUCAACCAGGGCAAGAUAUUCAAGUGAAGCCUUGCCGCGACACUACUCGCUAAUAUAAGGAACCCUUUCGUACUUGCAGUCGUUAUGUAUUUGAUGAGAACCAUGUCCGUCGCGUAGCGCGCUCAUACAUAUUAUAUAUUCUUGUAACACGUUGUAAUAUAAAGGUUCGCAUUUACUUCUCGUCCGAGAUGCCUGCGCGAUGCGCUGUUUGUAUGAAAACCGCAAAAUAUUAAAUUGUUUUUUAUUUA